GCGCAUGGGCUCCCGUGUCGUUGUUGUGGAGGAGGCCGGCGAGCUCCUGGAGUGCCAGUUGAUGGCUUGUCUCUCCUCCGAGAAUUUGCAGCAGGUGGUGCUCAUUGGCGAUCAUCAGCAACUACGUCCCAAAGUCAACACCUAUGAUCUUUGUCGGAGGCACAAGUUUGAUCUUUCGCUCUUCGAGCGCUUGGUCGUCUCCGGCUGCGACAGGGCCAAGCUGGUAACGCAACUGAGGAUGCAUCCCGACGUCUCCGAUCUUGUUCGGCCAUUCUACGACAGGAUCGAGGAUCAUGCGCGCGUGAUGAACUACCCCAUGAUCCCAGGAGUUGCCGACAGGUUGUACUGGCUCAGCCAUUCUCAGGAAGAAGACAGCUGGGGAAACCCUCAGAUGCUGAGCAAAGUCAACAGCCACGAGGCGAAGCUGGCAGUUCGCCUUGCGCAGCAUCUGGUGUACAACGGAAUCGACAAGGGUCGCAUCACUCUUUUGACCCCGUACCUGGGACAGAAGCGAGAGAUCAAGAAGCUGCUGCCCCGUGAGCUCAUGAGUUCGUAUGUCAGUGCCGGUGGCGACGUGCAAGAGGAGCAGCCCAAAGGCAAGGGCAAGAAGGGCAAAGACAAGGGCAAGGACAAGGGGAAGGGAAAGGGCAAGGGACAGGGCAAGCAAGGCAAAGGCAAAGCUGAUGGAAGCUCUCGGAUGAUUCCGGGCGUCCGGAUCGUCACCAUUGACGACUACCAGGGUGAAGAAAACGACGUCAUCAUCCUAUCCCUGGUCCGAAGCAACCCCAAGAACAUCCUCGGCUUCUGUUCCAUCGAGAAUCGUCUGAUCGUUGCUCUGUCCCGAGCCCGGCAUGGCAUGUAUGUCUUGGGCGACUGGUCCAACUUCGAGAAGGACGACAAGUGGUUCCAAGUCAUCAGCAAGCUGGAGGACAGACACCGCAUUGGCAGCUCGCUCAACCUCCGUUGUGCCAAACAUCCAAGAGAUGAUGGUAUGGUGAAGACAGCGGAAGAUUUUGAUCGCAAAGCCCUCCAUGGUGGAUGCCAACGAGAUUGCGACACAUUGCUGCCCAGAUGCGGGCAUCGCUGCCACCUAAAAUGCCACCCCUUCGAUCCCGAGCACAAGGAUGUCGUGUGCAACAACUUUUGCAGCAGGCCUUGGCCGUGA